GUUUAAAAUUAAAAUGAAAGAGAGAAGAGUUUGACACACACAAAGUGAACGAUUUUUACUUUAUUACUUACAAAAGUUCAAAUAAAUUCCAUGACCGUUCAUCAUCAUGAUCGCUUUAAAUUCCAAUGGUUCGGCACCCAUGGCUCGUCUGAGGAGAAGGAUUAUAAGAAGCACGCAGGCUAGUGAAGUGGGGUGGACAACCAUAGGCAACGAAUGAAGACUAACGUACUGCUACACGACACACAGACAGAAUGGCAGUGGAAUGGAGGAGUGGAGGGAGCUGAAGACGAAGAGGAGAGAGGAGAGAGAAAGAAAAAGGGGAGAAGCCGGUAUAGGCAACCGGUAAAGGCACGUUUUUAGUAAAGCAUCGUAAAACGCCGGCGAUUCUUGUUUGCUUCGAGUUCUGCUCGAUCGUUCGGUGUAAUACACCAAGUUUCAUUGACCUCCCGUUGCGUUUCUUUUUAUUAUAGCGCGGGUUUUAUUGUACAAUAUUACUGGCAUAAUUCGUCACCAAGUAGCGAAAACGAAAUUUCACAGUAUUACGCAGUACACAGACCAAUUACACGCGUAUCGUUCCGUGUUGAGAGAGUUGAGCCAAUUGCGUGAAACAAAUAAUCAGGGCCAAUUAAGUGUGCGGGCGCAAUGACUUCCGCGUACGAAACGACGACAGAACGCGAGAAGCAGAAGGCAACAAGUCCGCACGAUACUGCGCGAGUAUUUUUCAACCCGGAUGCUGCCUCUGAUAUGGAGGAGACGUCGUCGUCGUCUCGAGCAAGUCUCGCAACAGGUGACUCGUCUUUCGAAGAAUCCACGCUUUUUUCUUCUGUAGAAGUCAGCGUUCUGUCUGCGGGUGAAUCAUUCGACGGGGAUCUGGGAAUGUUUGAGAAAGAAAAAGAAAAUAAGGACGAAGAAAGCGUCAGCGUCUCUGUAAAUUUGGUAAAUGAUAUUUCACAAAUGAAUAGAUCUAAAAACGGGGAAUUGUCCUUUGAAGAUAAUGAGAGGCAUAUGGAAAAGAAAUUGAUUUUAUUGGCGGAUUAUAUCGCAUCGGAAAGCGCAUCCACGUGCAGUGUAAGAAGAGAGCAGGACAAGGACCAGCAUAAUGAAGCUCCAAGUCGAAGCAUACUGAAGAUCCAAGUGCAGGAACAACGUGACAGUAGUGUUCACUCUGAGGAGAAAUUCCGAGAUUCCGCGAUGGAAGACGCUGUGCAAGUUUGUUGCGAGAAUGUGGUAGAAAUUUGCCUGAACACACAUGCGGAUGAGAAACAAGAUGAAUUUGAAAGGGAAAUUAUCAGCCGACAGGAUAGUGACUCAUUUUAUGAUGCGGUACGAUCGGGAAACGCCAAGCGCGUCUCGAUGUUGAUCGCCAACGGUUGCGUGCAAAAUCUGGACGAACCGGAUUGGAACGUAUCGGGCGAUCCACCCUUAUUGAUGGCAGCAACGAAUCAUUGCCUUCCUGUGUUGAGUGCGCUACUAGCAAAUGGAUGCGAUCCAGCUGUGCGUUCACCGCGGGGUGAGACGGCACUUCACAGAGUAAUUCUGAAUGGCGGACCAGGUAACGUGUUGAAAUUCGUAGAGGACCUCUUGAAAUACAACUGUCCGCCAGGCGUCAAAGAGGCCGGCAGUGGAUCGACUGCAUUGCACGUGCUGUCUCGUCAAUUGGCUCACACGUCGCUGAAAUCCCUUCGUCAUAAUUUCGAUGCGGCUCUGAAGACGCUAGAAUUAUUGGCGAAAGCAGGACCCGUUAACGCUAAGGAUCAUCAAGGUCGAAGUGCCUUGCACAUUUUAGCAUCAUCAACUAUCUUUGAUAACAAUCACAGGACCGAUAUCGAGUCGUUGAUUGGUACGCUUCUAGCCGCUGGCGCGGAUACUGCGUUGAAGAAUGAUCGCGGAGAGACCGCUUUGCACGAGAGUUUGGAGUGCGGUGCGUUAAACACAGCGACAUUAUUGAUACAACACACGCCAACAGGCAUCGCGUCGCGAUACGGUGAAACCCCGUUGCAUAUAGCGUCGCGAAAAAAUCAUGUCGAUAUGGUGACGAAGCUACUUGAGCAUGGUGAGGAUCCUGGCACGCAGGACGCCGGCGGGAAUACUCCAUUGCACCUCGCAUCAGCAAGAGGAUUUCAUCAGACGGUAUCAUUGUUGGUCACCUCACCCUUAGCACAAUUGGAGAAGGUCAACAUUGAUGGUCUGACGGCGUUGCAAGUUGCCGCCGAGAGUGGAUUCGCUAACGCCGUCAAGAUACUGUUGAAGGCUGGUGCCGAUCCCACCCAAACCAUGCAUUAUUGUGCGACCAUUCUGCGUCGUCAUCCCGACAUCUCGCUCUUAAUCGAUCACGAAUUGACCAGACGUCGACAACUUGCCGCCUGAUUUGUCUGUUGACAUUUUUCCUACUGACAUCCGGCAAUUUGUUAAAGAUGGCUAAAUAUUACUACGGAUAAAGUGCAAUUAUCACGCUUGUUGCUCAAUGUUACAAUACAAAUUUGAUACAUGCAGAAAUUAUAUAGGGUAUCUAUCCAAGAUUUAAAGAUCUACUCAAAUAUGUCAGAAACAGUGCGUUAAAUUGAAAAAUGUUUCAGACAAAACUUUUUUGACUUCGAGAGAGACACAUAAGAUGGUACGAUUGGUUUAAUCUUGGGUGGUGUUGUCAAGGUCAAGGCAAGGUCACUUUGAAUUUUUUUAAUGAGAUCCCCAGUUUUUCUUUACAUAUUCUUAAUUCUUAUAGCUUAUCUCAAGAGCUUUUCAGCUACUGUAAUAAACUAUUGUUUCAUUAAGUACUUUUCGAGUUAAGGCUUGAAAGUUACAAUACGUAGUCGACAUUAACAUUAAGAUGGAAUCACACGAUGCUCGAUUUCUUGAAUGAGAAAUUAUGCAUGCAUGGUGCACCCAGAUGUUCUUUUAUCCUUAUUUAACAUUCGCGAACAACAAGGAUGAAACGAUAUCUAGGUGCAUCCUUGCGGACGACUAUUCUGAACGCAGUCCUGCUAUGCUUGCUUUUGCGUUUCCGAGUUACGCAUGAAGUGCAUAGUGCAUCAUCCAUUCUUGUUCACCAAAUAAUAAAAAAGAAUAAAACGGUACAUGCGCUUCAUGCGUAAUUCGGAACGCAUCCUUUGAUGUAUACAGUCUGACAUUUGACAAAUAACUAUGAAAUUAGCAAUUGUUUCUUUUGAUUGGUGCAUGCAAGAAAAUGAACUAUGAUAAAUAAUCCAUAUAUAUAUAUAUAUAUAAUAAAUACAAAAAUCAUGUAUAUGCAGCAUGCAGCGCUCCAAGCAUGAACGAAUUCUAGCAUACAUCAGAGCAGGCAUGACUGUAUGAGAUCGAGCAUCAUGUGAUGAGCUGAAUAACAUUUGUCAAGAUCAAGAUUGGACCAUUGGAGGUUAUACCUCUUAUUUUCAUUUUUAUGUAAAAAUAAAUUUUUAGUGCAAAAAUGAAAAUAAAAAUAAGAACAAUCUCCAAUGACUUCCGAGAUACUUGAGUGGAUCCUUUAAAAUGGGACACUACAUAUGUACAAUCAUAAUAUACAAUCGUUGCUAUAAAUCUCAUUGUGGAUCAAAGUGCACUUAAAUGAAAAGUAAAAAAUUAAAUUCUAAAGUAAAUAUCGAAUGUAGCCUUAUGUCAUAGUGCAAACAUUCGCUCUUCUUUGCAUCGAUUGACGCACCUACCAAAAGAUUCCACAGGCGUAUUUCGAAUAAUUUUGUACUGAGCCUCUAUGAUUUCUAAGAUGUUGAACAUUCUGAACAGGAGUGGUGUACCAAAGAGUUUAAUUUUUUGCUUUUCAUUUUAUUGUAUUUGAUCAAAUAAAAUAACUUUGUUAUUUA